UGUCAAGGGAGACGUCCUGAAAUUAUAAAAAAUGCUCCAAAAUGUUAUAUAGAUUUAAUGGAAAAAUGUUGGGAUUCAGAUCCUUCUAAUAGACCAACCGUAAUAAUGCUUGAAAAUAUUUUAUCUGAAUGGAAUAGGUGUAUUAGUGAAUAUUAUAGAAUAAACAGGGAUGGAAAUUAUGUCUAUGAAGUAUCUAAUUUUGAUAAUCAAUUAAUAAAUGAUAUGUUAGAAUUUGUAGAAGCAGACAAAGCUUUAAUGCAAGAACAAGCAAAUACCUCUGCUAUACAAUCUCAUUUACAAGCAUAUUAUACAAGUCGCAAACUUACUGAAAUUUUAA